CCGUGGAUGGCGGGGAAAACAGCCCUCCACUGGCGGAUGUGUUGGUGCUGUUGCUAGACGACGAACAGUAAGUUCGUCACUUCCUCAGCCCGUGGCCCGCCCAGGACCGAACCAGAGGCGACCGAAGCCGGCUUGAGUUGAAGAGUUUUCCCCCGCCUACAGGACCCGCCACCAGCCCGGCGGCGGGAGUCAGGGCCACGCCACCUGCAGGGAAGAACUCGAGCCGAGGCGGGAAGAUGGCUGCAGACAAGCCUGCAGAUCAGGGAGCAGAGAAACAUGAAGGGGCAGGCCAGUCAUCUGGGGUCACUGACCAGGAGAAGGAGCUGUCCACCAGUGCUUUCCAGGCCUUCACAUCUGGAAAUUAUGAUGCCUGUCUGCAACACCUUGCCUGUCUGCAAGAUAUAAACAAAGAUGAUUACAAAAUUAUUCUGAAUACAGCAGUAGCUGAAUUUUUUAAAAAUAAUCAAACAACAACAGAUAAUUUGAGACAAACACUUAACCAGCUGAAGAAUCAGGUCCACUCGGCUGUGGAAGAGAUGGAUGGGUUAGACGACGUUGAGAACAGCAUGCUGUAUUAUAACCAAGCAGUCAUUCUCUAUCAUCUGCGGCAGCACACAGAGGCCAUAGCUGUUGGUGAAAAACUUUAUCAGUUCAUAGAACCUUUCGAAGAAAAAUUUGCCCAAGCAGUGUGCUUUCUGCUCGUAGACUUGUAUAUAUUAACCCACCAAGCUGAGAAAGCGCUGCAUCUUCUUGCCGUCCUAGAAAAGAUGAUUUCACAGGGUAGCGGGAACAAAAAUGGGAAGAGCGAGACUGGCAAUAACAGCAGCAAAGACGGAUCCAAUCCUAAGGCUGAGAGUGCAGCGCUGAUAGAGGCUGCCAAGUCCAAGAUACACCAGUACAAAGUCAGAGGGUACAUCCAGAUGAAGUCGCUGAAGGCAUGCAAAAGGGAGAUCAAGUCUGUCAUGAACACAGCUGGAAAUUCCGCACCUUCCCUGUUUCUUAAAAGCAAUUUUGAGUACUUAAGGGGCAAUUAUCGAAAAGCAGUGAAGCUGUUAAAUAGUUCAAACAUUGCCGAGCAUCCAGGCUUCAUGAAAACAGGUGAGUGCUUGAGAUGCAUGUUCUGGAAUAAUCUUGGUUGUAUCCAUUUUGCCAUGAGCAAGCACAAUUUGGGGAUUUUCUACUUCAAGAAGGCUCUGCAGGAAAAUGACAAUGUCUGCGCCCAGCUCAGUGCGGGUAACACCGAUCCAGGCAAAAAGUUUUCUGGAAGACCCAUGUGUACAUUGCUGGCCAACAAAAGGUAUGAGCUGCUGUACAACUGUGGGAUCCAGCUGCUGCACGUCGGGAGGCCUCUUGCUGCCUUUGAGUGUCUGAUUGAAGCUGUUCAGGUGUACCACGCGAAUCCUCGUCUUUGGCUCCGGCUGGCGGAGUGCUGCAUUGCUGCCAAUAAAGGGACUUCUGAGCAAGAAACCAAAGGUCUUCCCACAAAAAAGGGAAUUGUACAGUCUAUUGUUGGUCAAGGGUAUCACCGUAAAAUAGUUCUGGCAUCACAGUCUAUUCAGAACACUGUCUACAACGAUGGGCAGUCUUCAGCCAUUCCUGUAGCCAGUGUGGAGUUUGCAGCCAUCUGUCUCAGAAAUGCCUUGUUGCUGUUACCUGAAGAACAGCAAGAUCCAAAGCAGGAAAACGGCUCCAAGAGCAGCAGCCAGCUUGGAGGAAAUGCGGAAAGCAGCGAGAGCAGUGAGACGUGCAGCCCUGAGAGUCUUUCUCUAUUCAGCAGUAAAAGCCAUGAUGGAGAUAAGCUCAUUCCUGCUCCACCGUCUUCUCCCCUGAGGAAACAGGAGUUAGAAAACCUCAAGUGCUCCAUCCUUGCUUGCAGUGCUUAUGUGGCCCUGGCCUUAGGUGACAACCUCAUGGCGUUGAACCAUGCAGAUCAGCUCCUGCAGCAGCCCAAGCUGUCUGGCUCUCUUAAGUUUUUGGGCCAUUUAUAUGCCGCAGAAGCCCUCAUCUCCCUCGACAGAAUAUCUGAUGCCAUUACGCACUUGAACCCAGAGAAUGUCACUGAUGUCUCUUUAGGGAUCUCUUCAAAUGAACAGGACCAAGGAUCAGACAAGGGUGAAAAUGAAGCAAUGGAAUCCUCUGGCAAACGCGCCCCUCAGUGCUACCCCAGUUCUGUCAACUCUGCCCGGACUGUGAUGCUCUUCAACCUGGGCAGUGCGUACUGCCUGAGGAGCGAGUAUGACAAGGCCCGCAAGUGUCUGCAUCAGGCGGCAUCAAUGAUCCAUCCUAAAGAGGUGCCCCCUGAGGCCAUCCUGCUGGCGGUCUACCUUGAGCUGCAGAAUGGUAACACGCAGCUGGCCUUGCAGAUGAUCAAACGGAACCAGCUGCUCCCUGCAGUAAAGGCGCACUCCGAUGUGAGGAAGAAGACAGUGUUCCAGCCUGUGCACCCCAUCCAGCCCAUCCAGAUGCCGGCAUUCACCACCGUACAGAGGAAGUGAGCGCUCGCUGUGGAGGAGCUGUACCUGAGGCCCAGGGCGUGUUGAGGGCCUCUCAGUUGUCCACAGGAAAGGCAGUAGAGGAAAUACAGUGGCAACAGUGCUGGCCGGAAGGCGGUUUGAGACGAGUGCACCCCUGGGUUUUAUGGCCGAGGCUUCCUUAAAACUAAGGACUCAUAACCCACUGUCAGCUUUUAUUUAAUCUCUGCAAGUCUUUUAAUUGUGAACCAUUGUGUUGGUAUGUCUGUGUCUAGGCAUUAAAACAUGUUCUUAUCAGAA